CCAAACCUGAAGAAGAUAACAAAAUAAAUAACUUUGGUUUAGUUUAGACUCUCUCUUUCUUUGUUUGUAUAUAAAUACACAAACCAUUUUAUUCAGCUCCUUCUUCUUCAACCUUCGCACGACCUCAAAAAUCUCUCAACAACACACAAAAAGAUCCAAAAUCCAAAAUCAUCCUCUCCCUCCAUUUCGGACGACCCUCUAAAUUCUUUUGUCUACCGGAAAAUUUUCGAUUGGAUCCAAAUUUUCUGGCGCCUAAUUUAUCGAUUUGGUUUUCUAUUGUCAUUUUCUUUUCACAGGUCACUCGAUUUUCUCCAUUUUCUUUUCAUUUGGGACUCUCUUCUCGCCGUCGCCAUCACCGGAGAUAAAUUCCGUGGUGCUGCGUUUGGCCUUACCAAAAUUUGAGAUCUCAAUUGAAGAAAGAAACAUAGCGAAGAAGAAGACGAUCAAGGAAUUGAAAUUAGAUUCUGUUAUCUCUCUAUCAUCUUCAAUUUUUUUAAUUUGAUUGUUUUCACCAAAAAAACAAAAACUAUGAACACGACGUUACGUUACGAUCCGAGACAGAUCUCGAGGCAAACGAAACCGUCAGAUACACCAUCGUCUUCUCCGUCUCGUAGUAACCGGAGACAGCCUUUGCUUCAGAGAAGUCUCUCUUCUCCGUCACCACGAGCUUCUUGCGGCGGAUCUACUCCCGCCGAGUUUUGCGGUGGUACGACGGCGAGUUGCGCCGCCGUGUGGUGUUGUUGUCCCUGCGGACUCGUUAACCUACUCGUUCUCGCGAUCUACAAAGUUCCUAAAGGAAUCUGCCGUCGCGCUAUCAGAAGUCGCCGCCGUAAACAACUCGUGAAGAACGGAAUCCUUCCGCCGCUUCCGACGGACGGGAAAAACGAGCGGAUGCAGAGAGUUUUUCAGAAUUCUGAAUUCGCGAUUCAUCCGUUGGAUAGCGACGAUGUGUCUGACGACGAAGAUGAUGAUAAUUUCUUGGAUCUGAAGUAUAUCGGAAAAUCGGUAGCGACGGGGUUUACGACGGAGGAGGAGACUGAUGAAGAUGAUGAGGCGGUGUUAGCAUUAGAGAAAGAGAUGUGGAAUAGGUUUUACGGAGCUGGAUUUUGGCGAAGUCCGUCACAGAGAGAAUCAGUUUCGUCUCCGAGAGUUUCCAAGUCUCUUUCGUCAUCGCCGAGACAAUCGUUUACUGAAGUAUACCGGAAUAGGGAUACAACGGUUAGAGGAGGAGGAGGAGGAGCUACGGUGGUGGCGGCGACACCAAGAGCCGUUAGGCAUUUUGAUUAGGGUAAAGAAAGAGAGCUUAUGAAAAAAAUGUCUCAAAAUGUCUUUUGUUAAUAGUUUCAUUCGUGUGGCGAGAGUUGUUGUGUGUGUGAGCUCAAAGUGUGUGUCUGCGUUUGUCAAAUCUUUGGUGUGUGACUUUAUUUGCCUAUGGUAUGGGAUUUUGUGAUCAUCAAAUAUGAAAAUUCGAAAUGGAAUUGUGUUUUGUCGAAAUGUGACAUGACAUGAGAUCUUUGACUAUCAAAGUCUAUUGAGGGUUUAGUUUGGAUGUUUAAUCACUCAUAACACAAGGUAUAAUUACAUUGUUAGAUUCGCAAGAAGAAGAAUAGAUCAUGAGGUAAAUAAUUAGUGUGACAUGGUCAUGGAUCAGUUAAAAAGAUAAAGAUAAGAUUCAAAGGGUAAAAGGAGAGUCUAGGGUUUAAAAAAACAAGUGGGGAGCUGUCCUUUUCUUUCAAGGGGGUUUGGAACUUGUAGCCUUGUAGGUUGUGAUGUAAACUAUGAGGACCACAACAA